AUGGAGAGCGAGAGUGAUAGCUCUCUGAAACAGCGAGGCAAACUGCAGCCUCGGAAAUGGGAGAACUGUAUGAGUAUUGACCGCUAUUCCUGGGGAUACCGCCGCCCCGCCACUGUGAACCAGCUUUACAGCAUCGAGAAUCUCAUCGCAGUGCUGGUUGAAACUGUCAGUUAUGGAGGGAACCUACUUGUGGACGUGGGUCCCACAUCCUACGGAACAAUUGCACCAAUUUUUGAGAAGCGACUGCGACAAAUGGGAUCAUGGCUGGGUGUGAACGGUGAUGCUAUUUACGCCACCAAGCCAUGGACAUAUCAAAACGACUCCAUGACACCCAGGGUGUGGUACACCAGCAAAACUGAGGCAUCUGGAGUUGAAGUUUACGCCAUCACUACAAAAUGGCCGGAAUCGAUCCUCAUAUUGGGGGAUCCACAGGUUGCCAUGGAUACAACAGUCAGUCUCCUUGGAUACCCAGGAAGUCUGAAAUACAAGCCGGGAGCGACCGGUGGAAUUGAGAUUUACGUACUACAGUUAACUAUUACAAACAUUCCUUGUGACUGGGCAUGGACCUUUAAGAUGGUCGGCCUGAAAAAUGCUUAAUUUAUGGCUCAAGAAUUGUUACUGUUUUCAUGUUUUAAUUUAAUUACUUCGUAAGAUUUAUGUACCAAUGUAGUACUGUUAUGUAUUACAGUUAUAUCAUUCCAUUUGUGUCGUUUCCUCUCUCAAUAUCUGUGUUGUCCUUAACCAUAUGUCUGAUGCCAUAUAACCGUAAAUAAAAUGUGUUGGGUGCGUCAUUAAAUAAAACAUUCCUUUUUUUUUUUCUCGAAGUGAUAACUAAUCAUAGCCAAUCAGAUGGACAAAUCGUAGAUCUACGCAUUUCGAGGGUAGCAUU